AAGUCAGUGCAUCGCGGUCAUCGUGCAUACGUCUCGUGUGUGCCGCGCGUCAGUCGUCUAAGUCAUAUAUGUUUUAGAUAAUACACCUAAUUAAUAUAUAUAUAUAAAUAUAUAUUUUUAUAUAACCUUUUUUAAAACAAAUUUUUUUAUAUUAUUAUUAAUAUAUAUAUUUUUUAUUAUUGUUAUUGUUUUUUUAAUACCGUACAGUAUUCGUUCGACGGCCAUCUCUCUCUCUCUCUCUCUCUCUCUUAAUCUACAACGCGGCGCACCGCUACUUAUAAAAAAAAAAAAAAAACCGCGUCUACACUACCUUUUUGAGUAUCGUUUUUUUUGAUUUGUAACUUUUUUUCAACAAAAAAAAAAAAACCACAAAAAAAUUGCGGCCGGCAAGUGCCGCACAACCCCUCUUUUCGGACAUCACUAACGCAACCCCCCGGAGAGCGGAAAGCAAGAACAACCCCCCGUUGAAAGAUGCACAACAAAAAGGGCAAGCUGUGCACCAAACUGACCAGCAGCUUCCUGAGGAAGUGGUGGGUGGUCAUCGUGGUCGCCUUGGGCCUGCUCAUCGCCGGAUUCUUAGUGCUGGGAUGUUUCACUUCGCUAGUCAACCUGGUCAUCGACGACCAAAUCACACUGAGGCCCGGCGGACAGACGUUUGAAAUGUGGCGGAAACCGCCCGUACACCCUGUGAUCAAAGUGUACAUAUACAACGUCACAAACGCCGACGAAUUCUUAAACGUCGGUCCAGACGGUAAACGGGAAAAGCCAGUGCUCGACGAACUCGGCCCGUUCGUCUACGUAGAGACGUGGGAAAAGGUCAACUUGACGUUUCACCCCAACGGCACGUUGACGUACAACCAACGCAAGACGUAUGUGUUCGACCCCGAUCAGAGCGCCGGUUCCGAAGACGAUAUGGUCGUCGUACCCAACAUCCCCAUGUUGAGCGCCACGUCGCAGAGUAAACACGCGGCCAGGUUUUUGAGGUUAGCCAUGGCCAGCAUCAUGGACAUAUUGAAAGUGAAACCUUUCGUCGAAGUCUCUGUCGGACAGCUGCUGUGGGGAUACGAGGAUCCGCUGUUGAAGCUCGCCAAAGACGUCGUGCCCAAGGAACAAAAGCUGCCGUACGAAGAGUUCGGUCUGCUCUACGGGAAAAACGGCACGUCCAAGGACAACGUGACCGUGUUUACCGGAGCCACGGACAUCAGUCUUUUCGCGUCUCUGGACAAAUUCAACGGGCGCACUCACCUGCAGCACUGGACGACCGACGCGUGCAACCGCAUGUCCGGAGGCAGCGAUGGGUCUCUGUUUCCGCCGCACAUCACAAUGAACACCACCCUGCACGUUUUCGACAAGGACAUGUGCCGCAAACUUCCGUUGGUUUUUAAGAAACAAGUGGAAACCAAUGGACAAGUGAUGGGCUACCGAUUCGGUCCCAGUGAACAGGCUUUCGCCGAUCCGGACAAGAACCCCGAAAACGAGUGCUACUGUCCCUCAGCGAGUACUUCAUCCGGCAACAGCUCCACCACACCUUCGUCCACCCCGAAAUCUAUAGCCGGACAGUGUGCGCCUCACGGCACGUUCAACGUCAGUCUUUGCCAAUACGACUCGCCAGUUUUGUUGUCGUUCCCGCAUUUCUACAUGGGCGAAGAUCGUCUGAGAACGGCCGUCGAAGGUCUCAGCCCUCCGGACCCGGAUCUCCAUCAAUUCUGGAUUGACAUCCAACCGGAAAUGGGAGUGGCGUUGAGAGCCAAGGCUAGGGUGCAGAUCAACUUGGCCGUCAGUCAAGUGUUGGACAUCAAACAAGUGGCCACGUUCCCCGACAUCGUGUUCCCAAUCAUGUGGUUCGAAGAGGGUAUCGACGGUCUGCCCACCGAAGUGACCGACCUGCUCCGGCUGGCCACACAAACGCCGCCGGUCGCCAAAGCCGCCCUGCAGUACGCCCUCUUCUCCGCCGGUGCCAUACUUCUGGUGUUGGCCAGCAUUUGUCUGGUAAGGAAUUCCAGCAGACAGGAGAAGAUGUCCCUGGAAGGCACCGCCCAUUACGCCGUGGGCGAAAAGGCUGCGGCCAAGAAGAAGUCCAUCUCGGCCGCAAACGGAUCUUCGGCCAACGGCGGCAAGCAGAACCCCGCCUUUGUCGGUGGCGAUUCGUAGUAGAACAACACCUCCCCCUUGAAAAAUGAAAACAAACCUGAUCAUAAUAUAUAUUAUAUCGUAAUUAAAUAUUAUGCUGACACAUCUCUCCCUUGUACCGAUAUAUUAUCGUGUACGCGAUAUUAUUAUUAUUAUAGUUUUAACUCUACAACCUGGUGACUAUGAAUAAUACAAUAUUAUUGACACAUAAUAUUCACACGAGAACAAGAACAAUAAGCUCAUAUUAUAUAAUUUUUUUUUUGUUUUUAUGUACACUUUACUUUGACGAUAAUCAUUUUUUUCCCCCUUAUAAUAAUUGUUGCGUUGUAUGUAUUAUUAGUAUUAUUAUUAUUAUUAAACACUCGUUGUAAAACAAUAUACGUUUUGGUGCAGGUAUAACAGGCUACCCCCCUUUCCCACACUAGGCGACUAAAAAAAAAAAACAAUUAAUACAGCAAUAUAAUUAUUUUAUUUUGUAUAUUACGUUUUGCUCAUUAUCGUUUAAUAUAUAUAUAUAUAUAUUUAUAUAUAUUUUUUAAUUAUUCGUUAUUACUUUUUAUUAUUAUAUUGUAAUUGUGUUUGUACAUAAAAAAUUUAUAUUAGUAUUAUUAUUAUUAGUAGGUAAAAAAUAGUAAUAAUAAUAGUAAAAAAAAAAAAAUCCGUCUUCCCCGCUACUUAUUUACGCCGACCCGAGCGUGUUAAAUUAUUUUAUUAUUAUUAUUAUUAUUUUCGUUUUAAGUAUUUUAAAUGAAUAUAUAUAUAUAUAUAUAUAUAUUUAAGUGUGUACCGCUCCGCAGAAAUCAUAUAAUCAAACAUAAGUUGUAUUCUUUAGUAGGUUUUUUUUUUUUAAUUAUUGUAAUUAGCAUUAUCUAUUAUUAUUAUUAUUAAUUAUGUUAUUAUGAGUACAUAUUUUAUUUGUGUGUGUGUGUGUAUUUGUGUGAGAUAGCAAGCGUGUGUUAAAUGUGUGUACAAAAUAUAAAACAAAAUUAAAAAAUUAAAAAAGCUUUCUUUUUUUUAGAUUGUAACACCUAAUUUUAAUAAAGGGUUUAUAAUUCGGAUAGAGAGCUAAAUUGAUCUAAUAAUACAAAUCCCUAACAGAUUCGACAGAUUUAACUGGAGACCAUUUUCUAUGAAAACAACAUUUUAUUAUGAAAAUUAAAAAUUUGGCUAAAUUUGUAUAAUAUGCUCUCACUAGUUGUUUUUUUUUUCAAAAACUAAGCGUUUCACUAAGAUCAAUACCGACUGACCACAUAAAACAAAAGUGAACGUUGACAACAAGUGCAGUUUAGCUCUCAAACGAUUUUUUUUUCUUUAAAUUUAUGUAAUUUUUUUAUGUUGAAGAGACGAUAGUUAAGUGAAAUUUAGUCGGACUCGUUAUCGAAGUCAAGAACAGAAAGUUUAUGUACUUCAUGUAUUGUGAAAAUGAAAUCACAAAUAUACAUUUUAUGUUUUGGUUUUAACGCUUUCAUAAA